CGGAAAAGCUCAAUCAUGGCCGCAACAUCUGGAGGAGUCAACUGGGGCUCGGUCCAAAAAAUACUGAUCACAGCCUCAAACACCACUUUUAAAAGCUCAGAUGUUCCCCGUAUCGUGGAUGCCAUACAUGAAAGCAAAUCCGAAAUCUUGAAACAUGACGAUAAAUAUGAGAACUUCUACUCCUGCUUUGUGGCUCUGUCAGCUCACUACAUUGCCGACCACUCAUCGCUGUUGUCCAAAUCUGUGGUCGGCAGUGUGGUAUCAGCUUGCCAUGUCUUGAUGGACUUUUGUCUUCAGCGUAUGCUCAAGUUCAAGGAGGCAUGUUCUGUAUCACAGAGGAACCUGAUGUCCCUGAUUGAGGGUCUUUGUACUGGUGUAGGUCAACUUCAGAGGUCAAAUGUCGUGACCUUGACAGCCAUGCUGAAGACGGCGAAGAUGCCUGUAUCUACGAAACAGGUUGCAGAAGAGACAACACUGAUCAAAGUGAAGGAGACUCAGAGUAUAUCAAGAGCGGACUUUGUGAAACAACUGAUGUCAGCCUUCAAGGACACCAGCACAGCAGCCUCGGGAUCCUCUGGCAUGGCUAAGACCAGUGCAAACAAUGAACCAGAGACUUUGAAAUCCAUUGAGAAAGACGGCAGUCGUUCCUACUUUGCCUCCAGGAACAUAGACAACCUCCAUUCCCUGCGAGGGGCAGACAUUCUCCUAGAUGUCUGCCUGAAUCUGCCUUUCCUUCAGCGAUACAUCAACAAUUACAAGGAGGCCACGACCGGCCAAGGGUUUGUCUUGCCCAACACAUUCAACGAUGCUAAUAGUAUCAAGGCAAACUUUCCAUCCUUACUCAACGACAUGACCAUCGUCAACCGUGUCCUUGACCUACCGACCCUUGAACCCAUGACCGCCGCCCACCUUGAGAAGGUUGCCACAGUGAUCAUGAGCUGCCUAUACGCAGCCAUCGCCGCUGCCGUAGCCAGCAGCAUCAUGAGUGCGGGGGGAAGCCACGCCCGGUCUGCGUCGGAAUCUAGAGUUGGGAGCAUUACGACAAUGAAGGAGGAGGAGCUCGAGAGCAUCUGCAAUUCUGUCGUUCUAAAAGGACUAUCUCUGUUUGAGAAACUCACCUACAAUAUCAAAUCAUCAACGAGAGCCAGUGGACAUCAUCUUCAAAACCUGUACCUAAUGGGGGCAUGGUGUGCCUUGGGCGGGAUGGACCACAUCCUGACCCUGACGGCCGCAUUGUCGGCACUCCCCGUACCACCGGAGAAGGGUAAAGACAAGGAGGAGAAGCCAGCUGGCCCCGCCCAUGCCACACCCUUCACCUCAUCCAAGGGCCCUGGAGAGGGUGGAGCAGGGAAGGUGCCCCCCGCUGCUGCAACUGCCUCAAAGACCACCAAAGGUGAUGUCAAAGACAUCGGUGGACCAGCUGCUCCUCAGAGGCCAACCUCGGCAAGAUGGUCUCAAGGCUUCAGCAGCCUGACUGUAGCCCUUUCAUCGUUCGUCUUGAAAGCUCUGACUCAACUCCUAGAAGACCUACACAUCGAGAGACUAUCGCAGGAUAGCAGCAUCAUGAAGGUACCCCAUGCCAGGCUUGAGAUCUUGCCUGCGUUCACCGCCACACAGAGGGUUAAAACCAUCCUUGAAGCGUACCCUCUUACCAGUCUUCUACUCAACCUAUUCACGGGGUCAUACAAAAAGGCGUGUACUCUGAUCCGUUUGAAGAGCGAGAUGGAGGAUGCAGCCGACGACGAGAGCGACUCCCAUUCCCUCAACGAGUGCUUCGGGGGAGAGACAGGGAGCUAUGAAGAAUCUUCUGAAGAUGAUGACAGUGAGCCUAUACUUGGUCCUUGGUUUGAGGAAUCACUCACCUCGGAACCCGAAUCCAAAGACUCCACCCCCACUGCCCCGCCCCCUCCUCCGCCUCCAUCGGACGAUAAGAAAGACGUUGACAAGCAGGAUACUAACAAAGCUUUGCUAACGGGGGAACCCAACGACAAAGAGGAGGCGACUGAGUACCUGAAGUUGUCGAGAGAUGUAUUGCAGUUUCUCACUGGUCAUCUCUUUCAAAUCUCUGAGGAUCUGUGCCAACAAUUUCCAAGCUUAGCGUUUCAAGAGCAGCACACUGCUAGUCUGGCUAAUGUCCUCAAGGAUUUGGACAAGGGCGUUAUCAAGAUGGACAACAGUCACCUGACGGAUGAAUUCUCCAGUGUACUGAUUCACUUCUGCCACACACUUCUUGCUUCUGAACUUUUAUCGCCGAAACUACAGGAUGUGUUACUUGGCCAUCUUGGUGUCCAGCCGUCAAGUUCAAGUAGCUGGCCCCUGAGCCUGCCACCUCGCACCCUGGCCAUCCUGGCCCACAUCUUGGUCAAGCGUCAACAGACAUGGAUGGGUACCAGCGAGAAGGAGCAUGGCAUGACGGUCGGCCUCAGGGUCUGGCAGAAGUUCCUGUCGGUGCUGAGGGAGUGGGCUCUGAAAACAGACACACAACCAGAGGGAGAAGAUGUGAAUGUGGAACACAUUCAGCUGCUGCUGUUUGUAUUUGACAGUUUGGCUAGGAGUAGCAAGAUGAUCAUCCUUACACAGUGUGCAAACAUCAUUGUAGAGGCUUCACAAUCUGGGGACAUGAAGACCAAGAAACCGCUGGCUGUUUGUCGUCUUCUCCUCAUCUUUGAAUACUUCCUUCAUCACUACUCACAACCUCCUCCCCCGCUUUAUGACCAGGUGCAAUGGAACAUCUUCACGGUGCAAUCGUCGGACCCCGCCCUGAUGCUCUACCAAGAGGAGCGGGGUGGGAUCGCCAUCACCAAGUUCUACACCCCUUGCAGGGAGGUGGAGGAGAACUACCGCAAGGUCACCAUGGGGGAGAACCACUUCCCUAUCGCUGACGGAUCAACCUUCAAGCGAAGCUUCUACAACCUCGUCUCCGCAGAGAUGGAUAGGAAUGGUCCGGGCAUCGACAAAGGGGCAUGUGAGGUCCUCUACGACCCUAACUUUGACUACAACGAGCUCUACUCGGCAGUUAUUGAGCUCAUGGGGGCGGGAAGCGAGUUCCACCUACAGGCUACCCAGAAUGCAUCAUCCUUCGAUCACAUGGACGGCUGUUCCAUCCACUAUGCAGCCACCGUCUGUUGGAGACUGUUGGGUCAGAUGGCACCCUCCGUGGCCUACAUCAAGCUGCUUGAAGGUCAGCACUGUGAUAGUGAGCGACCUUUGACCCAGCAUGAGGUCCUGCAUUCCCUACGAUGGGUACCACGUAUGCAGUCUGCUAAGUACACAACCUGGAUUAAGGAGCACCUUUGUGAACAGAGACUGCCAGACACUGAAGCCGAGAGUCUCCUUGAGAUCGUCAUCAAGCACUGUCAUACCGUCAAGUUUGAUGUACAGAUGGCCCAGGAAUCCAUUGCAAGACAGCUCUCACAGAUGCCCUUGGAUGCACAGCCGACCGAUGUUCUCCCGGCCUCGACCCUUCCCAGCCUGCACCUGCUCUAUACCAUCGAUUCCGUCAUUGGCAAGCUACGCAUCUCACUUCAGGAACGAUUUGUGAAAGCCAUGGAUGAAGAAGACCCCCGUAAAGGAAUGGAAGUGGCCCAAGAACUUCAGCCAAUCAUCAGUCAGCUUGUAGAAAUGUUUGGCCUUUAUUCAAGAUCUUGCCUGCUUGGCCAGCUGGACAAGAACUCAGACAUGAAACUGGAGCAGCUGACACAGAGGGCCUUAUCUGGUUACGGAGCCGUGCUUCGCAUCGCAUCCAGCCGCGCCUCUCCAGCCUCGGCCCACGGCCUGACCAUGCUGGUGGCCCUGCCUAGCCCUGUGAGAACCGCUGUGGAGAAAUGGAACGCGACCUCGAUGGGAGACUUUCCUACCGUCCCCUCCUUGGGUGAUAAUGCAAUGGAAGAUACCAACUUGUCAGAAAAAUACUUGAACUCACUCAGAGCAGCUCACCUUGGAUUGUACUCCAAUCAGACGAAUUUCAACAUCGCGGCAGCUGUUCAACACGUCAUGGCAUCACUCGUCCGCUUCACUUCUGACCUCUCAGACUGGUGCCCCGAGUCUAAGACCAACAAGGACCGGAUGGUUGAAGUUCUGUUUCCAUUGCUUCUUGAUGCAAGCACAGAAUCAGUUGCAGAAUCGGCGACAUCGAUCGUCUCUCAGAUUGUGGGUCCACAGGAUGGAGAAGACUUCCUGACUAGACUCUUUUACCAGGUGUUUAAGACAUAUCAUGACAUCUUCACUCAACAUGCACAUGACAGUGUGCUGGAUGACUGCAUCUAUCAGGAGUGUAUCCAGGGCAUGGAAUCGCACCUAGAAAAAGAGGCUGCCAAGCGCGCUCUGGAGAAACUCUACACUGAACAAGCAGAUCUUAUUGAUGUCCUCCUGUCAGCAGCCAAUGAGAACCUUUCAGUGGAAUAUGGUACCAAGGUGCUCAAGUUCUUCAAUAAGCUCAUGCAACUAGCGGAGGAACAUCCAAGUGACACCUACAUCGACACCCUAUGCUCCAUGUUGGGUAGACAGGGUAGUUCCAACCCCAAGGCCCUUCAGAGUUGGCUCUCCCGUAUCAUCAGAGACAGUGAUCCCGGUGGGAAGGGCCAGGAGAACAGAGUCCUCUUACAGAGCUUGACAUCCUACAUCGUCAAGGAGAAUAGUGCCGUUGGUGAAGGCGUGGCCUCUGCGCUUCUCAAAGCACUCAUUCCGAUGUGUACCCAGCUCCUCUCGAACAUUGGCAGCGAGACGUUUGGCAUCGCUGAGCUUAUGCCUGUUAUGAUUACCCUGGCUGGGGCUGGCUCUGGCCUCGGUCACAUCGAGCUGUUCAGUGCUGCUGGGGAAUGGCUAGCUUCAUGCAAAGCUUACCUGUCUCAUAAAGAUGUAGCUGAGAAGAUUGGGGAAGAUGUGACCGAAGGAAAGCAUCAUACUGUAAUGGAAGCAGCCUGCUAUCUACUGUCUUAUGUUGCCAAUGUUUUGGGAGCUCUCAAGCAGUCAGGAGACAAGUCUGCCCUCCCCUCCUUUGACAUGGAUGCUGCCCUGCUAGAUGUUGAUUCUGAUUGGGCAGAGGAUAUUGCUAUGGAGGAAGAUGACUCUGGAGGAGAAGAUUCAUUUGAAAGGAUGGAAACUUCUUCGGAGGAUGAACUUCUUGUGGGCCAUUCCCCGACGAAGAGACUCCAUGCACGUCGGCGGAGAGCUGCUGAAAAGCCUGAAUACGAGCGGACUCGGGAUUUUUCGGAUGAUGGAUUAGACACUCUGCCUGGUCCGAGCAGGCAACGUACACAUACAAUACACGUAGCCCACGCUAUGAGUGACGUCAUCGGACGCGUCUCGAGUCUUCACUACGUUUUCAAGCACCAUCUUUUCUGUGUGCGAGGUCGCAUCGAGUCGCUUGCACAGAUUUUCGUAAUGUACACAAAUCCCAUAGACGCGUUGAUAUCUCGUUUCGCGAGGUAA